GUGGCAGCCGGGGUGUGUGUCCGCUGGGCUUGGUGCCUCCGGUGGCCCAGCAGCACCGUCCCACCUCUGCCACCCUCCGAUGGGGCCGCUACCUGUGUGCCUGCCAAUCAUGCUGCUCCUGCCGCUGCCGUCGCUGCUGCUGCUGCUUGGACCUGGCCCCGGGACCGGUGAGGCCUCCAGGACAUUACAUGUGCACCGGCGUGGGAUCCUGGAACUGGCAGGAACUGUGGGUUGUGUUGGUCCCCGAACCCCCAUCGCCUAUAUGAAAUAUGGUUGCUUUUGUGGCUUGGGAGGCCAUGGCCAGCCCCGUGAUGCCAUUGACUGGUGCUGCCAUGGCCACGACUGUUGUUACACUCGAGCUGAAGAGGCCGGCUGCAGCCCCAAGACAGAGCGCUACUCCUGGCAGUGCGUCAAUCAGAGCGUCCUGUGCGGACCGGCAGAGAACAAAUGCCAAGAACUCUUGUGCAAGUGUGACCAGGAGAUUGCUAACUGCUUAGCCCAAACUGAGUACAACUUAAAGUACCUCUUCUACCCCCAGUUCCUAUGUGAGCCGGACUCGCCCAAGUGUGACUGACUACCUUGACUUGAAACGCUCUUUUGCACAAGGAAAUAAAGCGUCCUCUCAGUAAUGAA